AUGUUCUCCAGGAACGAGGUCGACGCGCUCUUCAAUGACGCGGCCAAGGCCUUUCAGCGCUCUCAGCUCCUGCUGGAGGAGCGGUCACGAGGGGCCCCCCCGGAUGCGCCGUCGGUGAUGCCGAAGUCAGCGAGCUUUGAAGCGGCCCUCCGCGGGCUGCGCGGCCUCGCAGAGUUCACGUCGUACAUCGACGCGUCGGAGAAGGUUGGCCAACGACUGCGGGAGGAGGCGCGGAAGCCAUCACCAUUCAUGGAGAAGAAGCGCCGUCACGGCAGCGCGUACCCGCUGCUACGGCGGGUAGUUGAGGGUCUUGUGGGCUUACCAGAGAUGUCGAGCAGCGAUGACGGUUCGUCCAUUGAGAAUUUGUGGGCGAGUGGGGCGGUCGUGUCGGAGCAGCUGCUGCUAGCCGGGCUAUUCGCGGAUUGGUUGCAUGGCGCCACCAAGGCGGCCGAGAGGCGUGCUGAUGUGCUGCAGCAGAUGACUGCGUCGGGGGAGGUGCCACAGCUUGAGGAGCUGCGGGGGGACGACCUCUUUGACCUGUUGAGCAAGGCGCGGGUGAAUAUGCCCGAGGAGAUUGCCGAGGCGUUGGACACACAGGUCGUGCACGUGGCUUGUAGUCUCCCGUGUGACCUUGGCACCCCUGCGGUUCCUGUGAAGCUAGCAGCGCUGCUGCUGUUCCCUUCAUUAAUUCCAUAUAUUGUAGUACGUGCAUCCCCGUCACUGGCCGCUGCGAACAUUGUCACUCUUGUGGAGCGCAGUGCUGCAGAACUUCUGCCAACGUACCUCGCAACAAGUCCCGCAGAGUUUCAUCGUGCAUGUGUACAACUCGUGCAGCACGUUGUGCUCGUGGAGACAUACGCUGCAUGUAGUUCAAAGGCGCCCACCACGGGAGAUGUGCAGCGUGUGGUGGCCUUCACAAAGCGGUUAUUCGAUGCGCUUCUCGUGCCAGCUGAGUCCGCCUUCGCCGCCGCACUACCGCGUGCAGGCAUGACGUUUGACGUGCACAAUGGGCUUGCUGAGCCACUCUUCCGCCUGGCGCAGUCGUGGCUUCGGUAUUCCAAGUCCAGCGAAGCAGCGGCGUCAGCGGUAGGGAAGACGCAGGCUCUUCUGCCGGUGUGGUGCACUGCCAGUUACCGCGGUCUCGCCAUUGUGGAGGCGCUCGCCCACGCCGAACUUGGCGUUGUGAGCGGUCGCGGUAACGCUACGGCGCAACAGAAGAAGUACCACUCGAUGUUGCGUCAGUCGAAUGGGAGGGUCACAACCGCCAUUCUGUCCGCCGUUACGGAGGACAGGCAGCUGCUCUUCGAGGAGACGGCGGCGCGGUCGGCCCAGGGGCAUAAAGUGUGCCGCAUUCACGAGGGCGCCGCGGGGCCGUCGGUCUUUGUGUACGUCGACAACGGUACCGUCUACAUGAAGGUCGGGCGGGAGCGCGCGUUCCGCCGUGCCAAGAGUGUGGAGGAGGUGUUCAGCAUCUUCGCUAGUCUUGCGUCACCCGUAUAA